AUGGCGGUGGAAGACGAUGAUGUUUCAUUGAAUUCGGACGAGUUGGAACUUCCACCAAUGCGUGCAGGAGUGACAACGGCGUCGAUGAGGGAUUCCAAUGUAAGCUCAAUGAGGGAUUCUGGUUUUACUGGGGGGGUUCUAUCGCCACAAAUGAGUUUGAAGAAACGGAUACAAAUGCGAAAGUCAGUUGCUAUAUUUGACGACAAGGGGAUUCAGGAAGGUUAUGCUUCUGUACCAUUACUCGAGAUCGAUUUGCUUCCAAGAGGAGGGAUAAGUUUUGAAACAAAGGCUGUUGGUAGAAUUCAGUUUGGUAUUCCCCCCGAGACUAUCAAGGACAGUAUGCAGUUGGGUAUGGAUGUACCUAGGGUUUAUAUUGUGCCGGUAGAAAGAUUUUGUAGAGAACAAGGCCCGUCGUUAGGAGUCAAUCUUGCAGAAUUUGAAUUCCCAGCUUACUUCACCUAUUUUGUGAGGAAAUUCAAAUGUGUAUUGGUUGUUGACUCGCCUUUGGCAGAAACGGAAAUUAGGAGCGUCUUUGGAGAAACUUUACUAGGCCCAGCUCAUUUUCGCAAUCACAAAUUUCCUUUGGCCAAUGUGGAUGAGGAUUUCGACCCAAGCUUUCCAAGAGAAAGACGACCAAAUUUCUACAAAGAGCUUGGUCAGUUUCGUGCCAAUGAAAAGACGACCGACUACGAUGAAUUAGAAACUGAUACAUUAAUUGACUUCAUCCACUUCAACACUUGUCGGCGAAACGCCCCGCAUCAAGACAACAUACUCGGAGUGCCCCCUGACUCGAAGUUGGUUCAAUUUGGAAAUGGUGGCUCAAUAAAUAUUGGCAGUGAUUCUGACGAAAACGGUUCAGGGUUCCCAAAUCUACUGUCCCCAUUGCUGUCCCCAGGCUUUUCUGGGCGCUCGAGACGAACGGGAGGGUUGACACCGCCACCCGCAAAACCUACUAUUGCUCUUACAGAUGAUCGAAUGGGUGAUCUCAAGACAAUCGUAUCAAUGUCUUCUCAUUCAGAGUCGUCAUCACACCACAAUGCUGGUAGAAGGGGCUCUCUCCCCUCGCAAGUGUCACAACCCAGCGUACUCAUCGAUUCUUCAGAACAUUCAUCAAUGCACAGCUCCUUCGGAAGAUUACCAAGAAGAAAUUCCGAUGGGUCCAUUUCCCGACUGUCUCAAGGGUCUAUCGAUUCGGCCGGGCGAAGGAGCAGUACCAAUUCAACCAUGCGGCGGAGCAGUAUUGGGUCGUUGGAGGAAAAACCACAAUCUGCACGUUUGAUGAACAAACGAGUCAGUUGGACACCCAAAAACAAACUCUUCAUGAAUGCAUCACAAACUUUCGACAGCACUCCAAUUUCAAACAUACGAACGAAGCGAAGAGACAGUACCUUCACAAACUAUUCAUCCAGAGCAUCCACCAAAGUCUCGGGAUUGUCUUCCAUCGACUCAUACGAUUUUAUAAUGGAUGAUGAACCUGACCGACAAGAUUCAAAUUGGAUGUACUCGCAGGCAAAAUGGCUCGGCGACGUGGCAACUGUCUAUCCUCCCAAUGCGACAGACGAGGAAAAGCGACUGAAAACAUGUCCGCGGGUAGAGAUUUUCAAAAUGGCUGGAGGGACAGAAUAUAUUGUUCAUGAUAUUGACAAGGAUAAUAUCAUCAUUGGGAAGAUUCGGUUUAGUGGGACGGUGCAAAUUCCCGACGAGAUCGAGUUGCAUGGGUUUAUUUCAAAUGCAAACGCUACGGAAGAAGACUAUACAGACUACAAUGAAGAGUCAGAACCGAAAAUUCCAGCAUCGCCCAAGCAAUCCACGUUUCAUCCACCUUCUUUUGGAGUGACCGUGUUGGGUAAUUCGCAUGGUUUCGAUAAGAAUGGAACAACAAGUGGCUAUGUCUUAUGGGUUAAUGGACGGGGUAUCAUGGUUGAUCCACCACCAUAUUCAAAUGCUACGUUGGAGCGAGAGGGAAUCAGACCACAAAUGAUCAUGGGGAUCAUUAUUACGCAUUGUCACGCCGACCAUGACGCUGGUGCUUUUCAAAAAGUAAUGAGAGGUUCACGUGUAGCCAUCAUUACAACACCAACGAUAUAUGAUAGUUUCAUCCGAAAGUACUCCGCCCUUUCGGGGCUGAAACAAUCCCUCUUGCGACAUAGCCAUCGGCUACGCCCGGCCAUUAUCGGGCAGCCCUUGAGAUUUCAGGGUGCGAUAUUCCACUUCACCUACACCCUUCAUACGAUUCCAUGCAUCUCAUUCCGGGCUGAAUGGAGAGGAAAAUCAAUUGUGUUUACUGGCGACCAUAUGAACAUUCCGGACGAAAUCGAACGACUCCAAAAGAAGGGCGUGCUGUCCAAAGCCAGGGCGGAGGAUCUUCUUCGGUUACCACUCCAGAAAUGCGAUGUGUUACUUCAUGAAGCAGGUGCACCUCCGAUCCAUACACCCCUUGCAGUUUUACAGAACCUUCCAGAGCACAUUCGAGAUCGACUUUAUGUCGUGCAUACAGCGGCGAUUCCACCAGAUAGUGGUCUGAAGGUCGCCCCAAUCGGCACAGCUGGUACCCUUCGAUUGGACAGUACGUAUGGUCCUAAUCGUUCGGUACUCUCAGCGCUCGGCAGUGCACCAGCCGUUGGCGACCCAGCAAGAAACCAGCCUACACAGAGUUCAGCAAGACCAAGCGUACAAAUGGCGAAUGGUCUGAAAAGUGGAAGAACCAGAGUUGCCCCGUUGGUGUUUCUGCGACCGACGGAUGUAUCUGAUGCAUGGUUCAUUCUGAAUCUGCUAUCAGCUGUACCAUUCUUGUCCAGUCUUUCUUACGGACAUACAAUGGAAUUCUUGGAAAUUGCCCAUGUCGAAAUGUACUGUCAAGGAGAAGUUGUGAUUGAAGGUAAUAGGAGAUCAGAAUCUCUAUGUGUCUUUUGGGAGGGAGUGUGCUCCGAAAAAGUAGGAGAUACCGUAUGGUAUGCUGGAGAUUGGACUGGGCCGCCUCCGUUUGAAACGGAUCAGCCACUGCACUCUCACCAAGCAGAGAAAAGCGUACAUCAUCGUCGGAGUUUUGUCGAUGACAUUGUUGCCAUAUCAGAAGAAGGAGUCAAGGUGAUUACUCUGCCAAUGAAGGAUGUCCGACAUAUUCUGCAUAGUGGCUCGAAGCUAUUUCGAAAGUACCUUUCGCUUCAAAAUAAAAAUGAUGAAGACCUUGAAUUCCACAUGGGUAUGAACGCCAACAGCGUGCCACGAGAUCACAGUGUUCUUGAGUUGAUUCAGUGCAAUUCGGUUUUGCGAAAUCUCAAUGCUAACCAACGAAUCACACUCGAAUCGCUUGCGGAAGGUCCCCGAUACUUUGCAAUCAAUGCCCCAUUAUGGCAAGCGGGAGAUCCUGUUGAGUAUGCCAUGAUUAUUGUCGAAGGUAGUGCUACCAUUGGAACUGCUGAAAGGCGCCGAUCACAGAGUUUCUCUCGAAGGAAUCGCCGUGGUAGUACUGGUGGAAUGGCGCCGAUGACGAGUAUCAGUGAGCAAGCUCAAGCUUCGGUACUGAAACCACUUGCCAACGUGGAACCAGACAAGGUAUUGCAAAACAUCAAUCGGAAUAGUGAAUACUCCCGCCUUCUGGAGUGUCUGCAGUCACGUGCUGACGAAUUCAAUGUAGACGAAGAAGGAGAAAAUAGUGAAGAGGAGGACAGCAAAACCAACGACGAUGGAUCAACGGUUAUCAAGGCAGCGACAGCACAGAAAGAACAGCGAGACAAGUUUGCAAACAAGGUCCUUGCCAGAUUCGGUGAUUUGGCAACUAUCAACAAAAUGGGAGGAAGAUCCAGCAGUAUAGCUAGCGGCGGGUCCAACAAUGACCAUCACUGUCACACGUCAACAAUGCUGGCCGGGAAACAGGGCUGUGUAGCCAUGGUCUUUCCAAAGUCAUCUCUGGUACCAUUUCUGGAUGCAAAUCCAGGUUUGCUGUUAUCGUUACUGGGUACCAAGGUUCUAGUUUAG